AUGCAGCGGGCCAUGGCGCAGCCUGGGUACGCCGCGGACCAGCCUGGAUCAAUGACGGGACCAUUGCCAUCCAAGGCCGGGUCCUUUGAUAUGCAAGAUCCCUCGACGGCCAACCACAACGAAGAGGACGGCGACGGCGGCGGAAAGAGGCGCCGUGUCCAGAGAGCGUGCGAUACGUGUAGGAAGAAGAAGGUGCGGUGCGAUGGUCUCCAGCCGGACAAGGGGGCAUGUUCGAACUGCGCCAACUGCGGCCUGGAAUGCACCUUUGUCGACGCGGCGAGGCGCAGGGCACCGCCGAGGAGCUACGUCGAGGCGAUAGAAGCACGACUUCUGCGCAUGGAGAAGCUGCUCUCUCAGCUCGCCCCUGGCGUCGACUUCUCAGAGCAGAUCGGCAAGCCGGUCCGACGGCCCGACGACAAGGGCGAAGGCGGCGACGCCUUGGCCGAGCUAGAGCACCAAGACCCCAACUCAAGCCUGCUUCAGACGUCCCUGGACCUCCGCGACUCACCGCGCUCAUCGCCGCAGCGCGCCCCCUCCGACUGCCCGAUGUAUCACCUUAUGGCUACUUCGCACAAGAAGGCAAGGAGCGGAGACCCGAAUGCGAGCCCCGGUGAUUGGACCGAUGACGACGAGGACGACGACGUGGGCUUUCUCGAGACGGCCAUGGAGACUGUCGGCAUUGCCGACGCCAAUGGACGCUCCAAGGGUGUUAUCCAAGAGCGACCGCACUUUGGCAAGCACGAAGAGCCUGGCUCGGUCACCACCCUCCUCCGCAACACUGCACGCCAACCCUCGCAGGGGCCCGACGGCCCCAAGGUGCACCGCUUCAUGGGCAAGGCCAGCAGCAUCCAUGUCCUCCCGAUGCUCGACAAAAUCUUCCCGAAGCACGAGGAGAAGGAGUCGGCCCCCGUCAACCAGAAGCGGGCCGCCUUCUGGACCUACCCGGAUGGAUUCUUCGACGACACCCCCAGCUCGGCAGGGCUCGACGAGGUCUGGCCGGAGCCGGACCUGGCCGACGCGCUCAUCGACAUCUUUUUCGAGCGUGUCAAUCGCUACAUGCCCAUCAUCAACGAGGCCCAGUUCCGGCACGAGUACACCUCGCAGCCCGAGCUGCGCGACGACUACGAAUGGACGCGCGUGGCCCUCGGCAUCUUCAUGGUCGGGAGCCUGCACCUUCAGGAUCCGAGGACGCUUUACACGCCCGACCAGCCGUUCAGCCAGGGGCUCAAGAUCUGGUCGUUUAUCAAGACCUCGUUCUGCAUCCAGAGCCCCGUCAAGGUGCCGGUCCGGGAGCUGCAACUCCUGAUGCUCUGCACGCUGUUCCAGCUGAGCUGCGACUUCCCCGCCACCACCAGCUGGACCUUGCUUGGCGUCACGAUCCGCCUGCUGCAGGAGUAUGGCGUGCACAGGAGAAUGACGCCCAGGAUGGUGGGUCUGUCGCGGCUCGAAGCCGAGACGCUCAGGCGGCUCUUCUGGAUCUGCUACAGCUGGGAUCGCGAGAUGAGCUCGCAUAUGGGGAGGCCCGUGAUGCUCAACGACGAUGACAUCGACACCGAGCUGCCGCUCGAGGUCGAUGACGAGUACAUCUUCGCCGCGGGCAACGAGGGUCCGCCUCCGACGCAGCCGCCGGGCAAGCCUGCCACCAUCAGUGCCUUUGUCUGCAGCCUCCGCCUUGAAGAGAUCCUCGGCAGGACGCUGCGCUCGGUGUACGCCAUCCCGGCCACCAAGUCGCGGUAUGGCUUCAUGGGCAAGGAGUGGGACCAGCGCAUCGUUGCCGAGGUCGACUCGGCACUCAACAACUGGCUCGAGACGGUGCCGGCCCACUUGCGGUAUAGCCCCAACCUCGACAACGACACCUGGCUGAUCCAGUCGUCGAUGCUCUACAUCCGCUACUACCACUGCCAGAUUCUGGUACAUCGCCCUUUCAUCUUUGGCGACAAGUCGAGGUCCUCGUUCAACUUCCCUUCGCUGGCCAUCUGCACGAACGCCGCCCGCAGCAUCAGCCAUGUCGUCGACAACCUCAAGGCGCGCGGGCUCGACAACAUUGCCGGCACGCAGAUCGCGGCCAGGACAGGUACGGCAGCGUCGAUCCUCCUCCUCGUCGUGCGGGGUGCCAAGAUCAGCGGCGGGCGUAUGUCGACUUCGGCCAUGAACGACCUUCGCCGCUCGGUGGCUGUUCUGAGGCAUAUGGAGACGCAGUGGCGUGCGUGCGGCAAGUUCGCCGACAUCCUCGACUCCCUCAUCAACAUGUGCCAGCUACCUGUGCCGGCCGAGGUGCAGCCACAAGGUCAAAAGCGCCAGCACGACGAGCCCAACGGACAAAGCGAUCUGCCGCGCGAUCCCCUCGACAACCGUGCCAGCGAUGCCGCGUACGCUGCCUCCGGCUUUGGGAUGGCAAACGGCGGCCAGGUUUCGGGCGGGUCCAACCCCAUCGCGACCAGGUCGAGCAACAUUUCGGCCGUCCAGCUCCCCCUUUCGACGUAUCAGCUGGCCUUCACCAGCAUGAACUCCUCGGCGGAACCCUCGCCUGCCGGUGACCAGAACACGCCGAGCCCGGAUGCGACCAACUCAACGUCGUACUCGGACCCCUCGCUUCGACCCAAUGCCCCUGCCGUCUUUCCUCGCUUCGGCGGCCCAGGCCAGCCGGUUGGCAUGGGCCUCGGUGGCGACGAUUUCGUCAAUGACCCGGCCCAGAUGUCCUGGUCCAGCUUCCUCGGCUCGAGCGCCAUGGGAGGCAGCCGAAGGGGUUCGUACAGCCUGAUGACACCCCUGGGCCUUUCGACGGUACCCGGAGGGCCGAACGCAGUAGCGCCCGACUACUUUCCCGGUGGUCCGCUCGACUUUGGCGGCGGUGCCGAACAGGCGGCCUUCUCUGGCGCGACGCCCUCGAUCUUUGACGAGGCCGGUAUCAACGGCGGUCCGGGCGGUCCGGGCGGCAGCGGCGCAGGCGGCGAGAUUCCCGGCCUGCAGCGCCCGGGCUUCUUGACACAGAAGCCGCCGUCGACGUUCCUCGAUGACCUGAGCGUCGACUCGUCUGUCAGCCGCGUACCCCCAUCGGCGGCCGGCGAUGGCGCCUUCUCCUUUGGAGGCGGUCCGGACAGCUCGUCGAUUGCCAACUAUGCCUUCGAGAUGCUGCAGAAGCAGGAUCUGUGGGGCAUCAAUGACGAGUACUUUGCCCUGCUGCAGCAGCAGGAUCUCCAGCAGCAACAGCUGCAACGACAGCAGAUGCAGCAACAACCGCAGCACCCGCAGCAGCAGCACCCGCACCCGCACCCGCAGCAGCAGCAUCAGCAGCAGCUCUGA